UGCAAAAAAGAAAAGAAACAACAACGAACAGCAAACCAGUGUGAUCCUCGCGCGCAGUAGGCGGAUUUCCAUUUAGAUCAAUGUCAACGAUGCGCGGACCUUUGAAAAUGUGUACGAUCGCCGUGUCCCUGCUGGCGGUGGGACUUGGUACAGCGGCACCACAGUCCGGGCAACCGGUGGCCGAGUACCCGAACGGUGCGUUCAACGAUCGCGUCCCCAACAACGAGAACAAUCAGCAGUUUAAGGAGUAUGCCGAGUUUCUGACACGCUUCGACGAUUGGGUCACCGGAAAGAAGGUCCCAAUCCCGGCCGACCCGGUGACCGAUGCGCUGCAUCAGGAUCUGCCCCCUAAUGUGCCGAACUUUGCGCAACUGCGCCCGGUUCGCCAACUGUCGUUGGCCCAGUUUGAUGACCCCGUGCCCCAGGGCAGUGAAGCGAUCCCGGAGUAUAACGAGUACAUUCGUGUGCUGACACGAUUCGACCCCUACGUUACCGGCCAGCGGGACGGGCAUGCGGUGUUCAAGCGCGAGGACAAACCGGACGGUACGCUUAUCAGCAGCGAGAAGACAUUCGGUGAGCAGAUCGAGGAUAAGGUACCGGAAACGACAUCGACCAGCGCCGAUCCAGCGUACGGUGACUUUAUCAAGGAGCUGAAGCGCUUCGAUCCCUGGCUGGUCGGGCAUAAUGUGACGAUCCCGCACAAUGCGACGGCCGACCAGGUCUGGAACAGUGGUGAAGGCAAGGCGAAUUAAAGGCGAUCAGUAUUAUAGCUCUGCGAUCGAGAGCAGCCCGAGCGUUUGUAUAUAAGCAUGUUAUCCUUGAAUCUAUCAUCCACUGCCAGAAAGGAUUGCAUGAACUUUAUAAUAAAGUAAAUAAUUUGGAUUUUGGAAUAACGGA